UUCCUGGUAUAACUGUCACUGUUUCCUCCAGAUCUCUGUUACUUCUUUCCUUCGUUAUUGUUUUAUAUUUCAGAAGUCCGAGCUACAGUGCAGCAUUGUGCGUGUUUGGGGCUUUAUUAUGGCUUCGUUAUCCGAAAGUCAGCCACGAGAGUCGAGGCGUAGUACGCGGUUGGUGCCGAGCAGACUUUACCCACACGAUGACGACACAGCGAGUACCAGCUCUACAGGGUCUGCGGGACAAAUCACUUACAGAGAGAGUACUGUGAGGGUCUUCAAGAGGAAAACAGGACCCCGUAAAGGGGGCGGGGCUUCUCCCAAAACCAACCCCAAACCCAACCCCAACCCCAACAGCAGCAAUGUGAGCAAACCCCAGAGUCCGAGCUUGAACGAGUUCAUCACAGUGAGGAAGAGUUCUCCUUUUCGGGCUCCUAGCAGCAUCAUGAGCCCUUUGAACACUUUAGCACCAAGCACCUCGACUCAAAGGGAACCGUCUGGUUUCUCCUCGGGAUAUUCUUCAUCAGAGGAAGGAUACGGCCGGAGCAGCAGCCCGCACAACACGACCACCAGCUCUUCUCACGCUCCAUCAGAUGGAAAGAUGGAAGGCCGAGGAGCACUGACCGCCCCAGCUCGUGCCUUUGCAGUGGUGUAUUUCUGGCUAGGUGUGGCGUGGUACAGUAUAACAUCUGGAAUGUCUCUGCUAAAUGUUUCUCUGCUAAGCAGGCGCACUGCAGGUUUGAAGAAGAAUCUUUUCCUCCUCCUCUUCCUCCUCCUCCUCCUCAUUCUGCUGCUUUUCGGCGUGUGGUACUGGUACCCGUAUGCUACUCGUUCAGCUCGAGCUCCCGCGGUUCAGCCGCGUCACACAACACACACACAUCUUCAAGCUCGUGAUGAUGCAACUUUUGCAGCUCUAAAAGAGGAACUCUAUGCAAACCUACGAGAGCGAGAGAGCAGAUGGUUGGAGGACAGAAGCAGGGAGUUAGAUGAUGUGUUGAAAGAGAUCGAGUUACUGAAACAUGAUGGAGACAAUCAGAAGCGCACAUAUGAGAAGUUGCAAGUGGAUGUGCAAGACCUGAGAAUUCGAUUGAGGAACAUUGACUCAGAACAUCGCAGCCUGAGUAAAAAGGAAACCCAGGGGAUGCAGGAUCAGAUAUCCGAUCUGAAAAUGGACAUGUCCAAACUUCAGUCAGCCUCUGAAAACCUGAGUCGCAGAAUAGACGGCCAGGAAUCCGAGAACAGGAAGUUAAAGAGCGAGCUUUCCGAUUGGCUGUUGCAGCAGAUGUCCGUUCCAGUUCACUCUGAGCGUGAUGUAGUGAUGCAUCCUGAGCUGCAGAGGGCGCUUGAGGACUUGGAAAAAAAAAUACUGGACCGAUUGGGACAGGAGCACGAGGAGAAGGAGAGGAGAGAUGUGUGGAGGACAGUGGGAGAGACGCUGAAGGAGGAAGGAGUGGGAGCAGUCACUGUAUCGGAUGUCGAGCGCAUCGUGCACAGGGCGCUGAGCCUCCACAGGGCCGACGGGAUCGGCGUACCCGACUACGCGCUGGAGUCUUCAGGUGCCAGUGUGAUAAACACUCGCUGCUCAGAGACGUAUCACACCCGAUCAGCGUGUAUUAGCCUUUUUGGAUUUCCUCUGUGGUAUCCUUCAGAAAGCCCUCGUACAGUUAUACAGCCUGAGCUGUACCCCGGUAAGUGCUGGCCAUUUCGCGGUUCUGAAGGUUUCCUGGUCAUCGCUCUGUCUCAUGCCGUACAAAUCACUCAUGUCUCCCUGGAGCACCUGCCCCGAGUUCUCUCCCCCACCGGAAACAUCAACAGCGCACCUAAAGACUUCGCUGUUUACGGAAUGAUCAACAAUGAGAACGAGGAAGGGAAACUUCUCGGAACGUUCACGUACGACCAGGACGGAGAACCGAUCCAGACCUUCCAAGUACAGCGCUCUCAGAGUGACGCCUACAGACUGGUGGAGCUGAGGAUCCUCAGUAACUGGGGUCACCCUGAGUACACCUGUGUGUAUCGCUUCAGGGUCCACGGCCAGCCCACGUCUGCCUGAGGACACGACCACAGACGAACGGAAGAAAAGCCGGAGUCAUGUCUGUCUAAGGAAACUGAAGGUUUAGCUAUGACCUGAAAAUCAGGAAGGUUCCUAAACUAACACUCAACCUUCAAAACAAGAGCGGUGGAGUGUGAUGGAGAAAUAUCAAGAUCAUCUUCAUAUCCCUCCAUCACACACACACACACACUUGUCGGAUGCUGAUCAGACUACAGGGUUACAGAACAUGUUUACUAAUGAAGUUUAUGCUAAUUGAUAUAUAUAUAUAUAUAUAUAUAUAUAUAUAUAUAUAUAUAUAUAUAUAUAUAUAUAUAUUGCAAUAAUUAGAUUUUUAAAAAGUUUAACAAAGGUUUUCCGCCAUUUGCACUAUUCGCCAACUCGCUCCUAAAGAACGUACCUCUUAUUUAUCGAUGAUUCGUGAGUUUCCGAAUGAAAGUAGAUAAAUACGCAUAUAACGUGGAAUAAAGUCUAAAGGCUACCGAUUAUCGUUAGCACCGUGCUAAUCGGCAGCUCUUGUUCUCAGCGGUAUUGUCAUUUUUAACUUCUGUUGUUAGCGAGAAGGUGAAAUCCGUCUGAAUCCUGUCGAGAAGUUUUGUAGUUAAAGUUUGUACAUGAUUUGUCUAAAAUAUCUACAAAAUGUGUUUUUCGUGUUUAAGUACGAAUUUUAGAACGUUUUAUCAAACACAUUUGCAAAAACCUAGACUAUGUGUAUAUAUAGAUGCCAAGCUAACUCUGAAUGUCCGUUCGAUGAGAUCAUUACCCAUAAUUCAACAUAACCUGUGGUACACUGCUUCUGCACGAUGAAACAACAUCGUUAUGAUUUCAUUCGUUUGAAAUUUGUAGCAAUCUUUAUUCGUGCCGACGUUCUGUUACAAACGUCAGUGGCGGCGCAGCUUCAGGUCUUCUGAUUGGUUUUUAAUGAAGUUAUGGGAUUACUUUUAGCUCGGUUUAACCAAAUUACGGUACCUUCAUUAUAGCAGGUAACAAGCUAAAAUUUUCUCAGUAGCUUCAAUAUUCAUUUCAGCAUUUCGGUGAGGAGUUACUGUGUAGAAUUUCGGAAGGCAACAAACAGUGUUGAGUUUACUACAUAAAUAUUUUUUAUUUAUGUCCAGACGAUCACGUUAACUUUUAUGGGUAAGCAAUUUGAUCAUUUCUACAAUAUUCUAAUAAUCGAAGAGUAAACCUAAUAUACUAAUAUACUUUCAUCUGUACUUUGAUACGUUUUUUUGACACAAAAACGUAUUUUAAUUCAUAAAGCUGGCUUUAUAAAUUUGUAUAAUAGCAAGAAUUCAAAAGUGUAAAAAAAUUUUUUUUGCUCGGAACCGUUUUAUGUUAAGAGGCAGAAUUUUCUGUAUACGAUGACGUUGACCUUCGUUUUCCGCUAAAGCUGAAACUUGAAUAUUUAAAACGUUUUUUUUUUCUUACUGCUCAUGAAGACAGAUUUAUAAUUUUUAAGCCUAGACAGUAUUUUAACUCUUGGCUGUUUCACACAGGUAUUUAAAAUAAAAUAAAAAAAACAAAAGAUGUUUUAUUUAUAAUCUUUUUUUUUUUUUUUAAUAAUUCUGGAUGUGCCGAUUUAAACUGUUUGCUUAUUUAAAGUUUUAAAUUUCAUGUUUCGCAGUCGAAAGUUUCAUUUUACCUCAAAACUGUUGUUACUCUCCGUUGUAUAGAAUUAUUUGAGAAGUGUCAUGAAGUGUUCUGGAAGUGGGCGUGGCUAAACGAAGUGCACUAUGCUAUAUUUAUGUAAAGAUGAAAUUUAUCCGUUCACGUUUCAAUAUCCAUUUUAAUAAUUUGUACCCGAACGGCUGUCUGUAGAAAUCAUUUCUGUACUUUUCUGUAUUUCUGUAAUUUCAUUUCAUCCAUUUAUUCAGCAACAUUAUGGAUUUUUAAAUGUUUGUUUAGUUAAAAGUUUGUGUUGUGAUUUUUAUCAAAAAUCACCGGUUUUAAUUUUUAUUUUAAAAACAAAAAAAAACGCUGUUUUAAGAUUUGAAACGUUCGGCUAGUAAAGAUGUCGUUCGCGCCACGGACUCGAGCUUCUUCGUGCUUAAAAACAAAUUUAGGGAAACAUUUAAAUGUAAAAGGUCUCUUAUUUCCAGAGUGUACACAUUUCCGUACAGCCGCUUUGUGACAAUGUUCACUGAAUUCUAUCGUUUUAAAAAUCAGACAUGUUGAACGCAUUUAAUAAAUUUCAGUCUGCGUAUCAUUUC